GAGAGAGGAAAAUAGGAGGAGAGCUCAAAAGAGCAGGACAGACAGAUUCAGAAGGGAAGGAAGACAGUCAGCGACAAGAGGGAAUUUCGUUGGCAUAAAAGUUCUGCCGGUGGAGGUGUGGAGACCACAACAGCCCUGUGAAUUCGGGCUGCUGUAGCGAGGUGAGGGGGAGCACAGGUCGGCCAGCCAGAGGGAAGCCGGUGGAUAUUUUUUUUAAGAGAGCAAUUCUCUCACACUCACAACAGGAUGAGUGCUGUCCCGCUCCUAAACCGCUUUAUUCAGUCAUAGACAUUUGCUAACCAGGAGACCGCGGAAGAGAGAGACAGUGCCCACGAGCGUCAUCAAGAGCGAAUGAGAAGAGAGGGUCUGUAACGCUGGAGCUCAAGGACAAACCAUGGAAUCUGCACACCUCCCACUUCACCUGGACUUCCAACAUGUUCCCUGCUAGCCUACUGCUUCUGAUGAUCCUGCUGCUACCUCACGCCUUAUCAGGUCACCAGGGGGGUCCCAGUCAGACUAAUGGAAACCUGGUCAACUCUCUGGAGCCCAGUUUGGCCCACACCAUUCAGAAGCUUCUGCUGACCCGCCUGGGUCUACAGUCACACCCCAAUCCCAGUCUGCAGGCGCGAGUGCCCGGGUACCUUUUAGACUUGUAUCGAUUUCACACUCAACAGUUUCAUCUAAUUGAAGAGCCGGCAUUUAGCUACCCCUCCCAGCAUGUGCAAGGAGCCAACACGGUCCGAUGCUUUCACCACACAGAGUCAACAGAUCUACAGAGUACUACAGAAGAGAAGAAAGGACCGGUUGACAGCAUUCAUAUCGGCUUCAAUCUCUCUUCCAUUCCAUCAGAUGAAAGCGUUGUGUCGGCAGAGCUACGCUUCAUGCACGAAGGAUCGCAUGGAAGUUCUCAUGUGGUCGAUCUUUAUCUCUCCAGCGGUGACCCUGCUUCGAAUCCCAAACUCCUCUAUUCACGUCGAUUGACCGGAGAUAAAAAAAAACCUGGACUCUGGGAAACCUUCCCCCUCCAUGGAGAUGUUUUUAAGAGCAUAUCUAAAAAGUCAGGGAGCCUGUCUUUCGUUCUGGAUGUUGUUACAGACAACAGCAGCCUUCUGACAGAGAGACAUCUGCGUGUGCGCAGGUCAACGGAGCAGGAUGAGCCCAGCUGGGCGAAUGAGAGACCCCUACUGGUAACGUACAGUCACGAUGGCCGCAGCAAACCAUUUGGCUCCCUCAAAAAGAGGAUCCCCGUGGGCAGAAGAGGCAGGGGCAGAUGGACUGGGGGCAGGUUUAGAGCAAACAGAGGUCAGGGCUCGGAUGCAGACUGGCAGGGGGGAUGGAAUGAAAGACGGGUGAAACGCAAUGGAGGGAGGGCGGCGAAGCUCAAACGCCUCUCCCGGGCACGCUGCCGUCGACACCCGCUGUAUGUGGACUUCAAAGAUGUAGGCUGGAAUAAAUGGAUCGUGGCGCCGUCCGGUUACGAUGCUUUCUUUUGUCUCGGAGAGUGCCGCUUCCCACUGGCUGACCAUAUGAAUUCUUCCAGCCAUGCUAUGGUGCAGACGCUGGUGAACUCUGUGAACGGAGCCGUGCCGCGGGCCUGCUGCGUGCCCACCUCCCUCAGCCCUAUUGCGCUCCUAUACCUGGACCAGGAGGAACGUGUGGUGUUAAAAAACUACGAAGACAUGGUGGUGGAGGGGUGCGGUUGUCGAUAGCAAAACACGCUUAUGGAAUAAAUGAGAGAGGGAGGAAUUAGAAAAUAAGGGUAUUUUACAGCUUAAAAGGGGAAGAUAUUGGGAUAGUUCAGCCCAUGUUGACCUCAUUUAUUUACUCCCAUGUUAGUCCAAAUAUGACUCUUUCUUUUAUGGAACACAAAAGUAGAUAUUUUGAGGACCGUUUUCAAGGUUUUUGUGUCCGUACAAUGAAAGUCAGUGGGGGCCAAUGUUGUUCGAUUAUCAACAUUCUUCAAAAUAUCUUUUGUGUUUUGCAGAAGAAAGAAAGACAUACAGAUUUUAAACCACAUGCAGAUGAGUAAAUAUUUUUCAUUUUUGAGUGAAUAUUUCCAAGGAAAAGAUCUUCAGGAAUGCUCUAGGUUCAGCUCCAUGUGUUAAAUAUGUCAACUGUAUAAUUUGUCCAAAAAUACAUUUCAAUUCAAUAAAUAAUGACAAAUUGUGUCAUUAUAACUUAUGCCACAAAUGGUGUCGAUUGAGCCUAACUUGCAUUGAACGCAGGGCAUUCCUUUAACACGAGCAUCAUCCCAAGAGAAACCCAGCUUUGUCUUCGUGUGUCCAGUGACGCUUCAUAUCUGUGUGAACUGUGACCUAAAAGCGCUGCAGUCCAACCGUAACGUUUCCGUCUUCUGUAACAUACUCAAGCUGUCUUGUAGGCAUCCAGUCGCUAUGUUCCCUGUUGUUGUGUCUUUCCUGUACUGUUUUGUGCGUCCUUCCCUCAUGAGCACCAUAUCUUUGACAACUCCAUGGGACCAAGAAAUGACCACAGACUAGAGCAUUUGUGUCGAGAAACCGAGCAGAGACAAUAAGAGUGACAUUCUACUGCUGCGGAUUGGAUUCUUCAUCCCUGGUUGCAAAAUAAACUGUAAAGCAUGUGCUGUGAAAGAGACAUUAACUCAUUGCAGGCACUUCUCAUUAUGAGCUAUUUAAAAAAAAUCAUGACACCGAGAAAUGAUUAUGUCAUUGUUUGAAUGUGCUAUUAUUUAUGGUUACCUGUAUUUUUUAUUUACGGUGCAGUCUAAAGAAAAGUUUGCAAAACAAAUACUUCUGUGGUAGUUAUGUAAAUCUAAUUUAAAAAAAUGCAUCUAUAUAUCUAUUUAAGCAAAACAAAUAUGUAAUAUUUAAUCUUGACAUUACUGCAGAUAUUCAGUACAAAUACCAGAACGCCUUAUAGAUCCAUUUAAAGCCAGUCAAAACUGGUAUUGCUCACCUAUUAUUUUUUUGUAAAUCCACAGCACUGACUCAUGGCAGCUUCAUAUCGGCAUUGAUUUAUCUAUGGGCUUACGAUUUAGAAGCUUUGUGAAACAAAGAACGUUGCCAAAACAUUCCAAAAUGCGUGCCAAAUAUUAUGUGACAUACAUGUGCAAGCUUGGUAUUCUACAUAACUUUGUGACAAGUGUCUUGUUUGUCAUCAUGUAGUUAUCACAGCAUUGAUCAAGCUGUUUGCAUAUAAAGAGAUAAAAAAUGUAAGAUGAACAAAGCUUAGUUUACGUCUAAGCUUAUUCCAAUGUUCUGACAUGAAUAGCUGAUUAUAUUUUACCACUGUGAUGCUGUACAUGCAGAAUUUUAACAAAAGCUUUGAGAAUGUGCGACGUGGUCUCGAGCCAUUGUGUUGAAAUGUGUAAUAAUAAAUUGCAAACUAAACAGGCA